CGGCUGUGUGCCCGCUCGGGGAAUUUUAUAAUAAUGUUUACAUCGCACAAAUAAUUCGUUUGUGCCGUGAAAGAGUUCGAUUCGUUUAUUUGUUAUUCGAAAUAACAAAAUAGUAUAGUGGUACCGUUGUUCUAAUAUAUUAUCGGGGACAUCUGCGGGCCCUGUCAACGAACUAGACGUUCGAAGAUUCACCAUCUUUGGCAGCGGAAGUAGCGGCGGAUGUCCCGGCAAUGGAUAAUCCAUCAUAUUUCGCGUUUUCUGACAAAGAUGUCGCCGACAGCGCCGGCCCUCAUACAUCAGCGUCAGAACAAUAUUCCAGGUCAGCCCCAGCACGUUCUUGGGUGGAUGGCGGUCGACCCUUAAGUUCUCCGCGUAGACGCGAACCUGAAAGCCCUAGAAGGAAAGAAUUCCGCGCUCUUCUAAGAUCUUUAUCUGCUAAGGAACCUGAACAAGCUGAAGCAUUUUUAAAAGGCCAACCGAGGCCGGGAGAUUGUGCGCCUGGUGACAUGAGGAACACAUUUACGGCACCAAGAAUAAAGAAAGGCAAAAUAAGUUCGAAGAUUUUUACAUCGGAUGGUACUAAGGAGCACGAAGAAGUUUUCUACACAAUUCCCCUACAAGGCCGUAGGCGACACUCAGUAGGUGGAUACCUAGCUACCGGAUCUGCAGGGAAUGGGGAAGUUACCACGGUACCUAGUGAAGUCCCCAAGAUGCCCCCUCCCCGAAUCAACCAAACAGAGGAUGAAGCUGUUAAGAGGCGAAGGCCAAAAAAUUUUCCAUUCAAAGAAAUGGAAGAUAUUGCAAUUCUAUGGAGUUCCGGAUCACCAGAAAGCGCACUUUGGUCGGAUUAUCUGGUGGCUAGUUUCGACAAAAUUAUGUCACAACGGGCGAGGCAUCACUAUAGAGUCACACCAAUUACCGCGGAAGAGCUCAUGUCUUCAGACUCUCAAGAAAAACUAGAGAAACUUUCAAAAGCUCAAUUACAAAUAGUAAUUUUAUGUCCCAUUCUUGCUUCAAAGUUAUCUGAUCUGAAAAGAGAACUACAUUCUGAGAAUUUAUUUAAACUCGACAAAGUGUUAGUCAUGCUUCUUGGCGUUGAAAAGAAUCAUGUCGUGGCUAAUAAUUUUGAAGAUUAUCCAUCAAUGGACCAGUGGCAGAUGAUGUCAGUGCGCGAAAAGGAUACCUCCUUCGUGGACACAUUCCUGACAGCUGCCGUUGGUAUCCUCAGGACAAAAGACUGCAAAGACACUGCCACAGAUAGAACAAGUUUCUCCAUUGUACCAAAAAAAGUUAAAAUAGGUCAAAGUCGAGUGAUAGCGCUCCUCAACGACCCUAUUCGAGAAGAAGACAGUAUAAAAAUAAUGGUCGACAAAAAGGGUGAAGUUAUUCACAUACCAACAUUCAAAAAGAGGAACCCAUACACGCUCCAAUUUGAUAUACCAGAAUCAUGUUUAGAAGUUUCGAUGUUAGUUUGGGUGCGCGUGAGCAAGAAUGGUCAAUCUUUAGGCAGGCGACAAAUUAAAUGCGAGAGCCGUUUAAGAGAAUUGGAUCAACUGUUAAGAGCAUCGGAUCAUCCUCUAGAAUUUAUGUGCCAGACUUUAGGUUUUAAGACUACGAGUAAGGAACAACUAGACAGUUGGAUGUUGAAUGCAUUUCAAAAGAAUAUUCCACCCCAUUUUAAUCUGCUCUCUUCGUCCGAGCAGUACAACCCAAAAUCUGAUAUGACGAGUGGCGAGGAGUACCCCACGCUGCUGCACUGGGCGGCGCGUUUCGGACUGGAGCGCGUGUGCUGGCAGCUGCUGGAGUGCCCGGGCGGCGGCGCGGCCGUGGCGCUGCGCAACGCGCGCCGCCGCACGCCCGCCGACCUCGCGCGUGACCACCGCCAUCUGCGCCUCGCCGACAUGCUGGCCGACCAUCUUAAAAUAAAUGAAUUUUCCAACAUGUAUUACUAUUUGAAAAAUAUGUCCGACAACGACAAAGAAGAUUCGCAGGAGGAAGACAAACAGGGAGAAGAAUUGUGUAUAGUAGAAACCUCUGACACGGUUGACUCUCCGAGCAAUGAAAACGAUAAAGGUUCGGAGAAAGAGACUAUGCCCGAUCCUUUUAGUGAGGUCUGCACUCAAAAUUUAGAAGAAACACCGCUUAACCGCGAAGAGAAAAAACAAAGACCGAAUUUAAAAUUACCAAAGGUAAAGGAACAGUUUUACCAAAACGAUUUCCAGCUUCACGACAAUCGAGUUGACCGUAUACAACAAGCAAUUGAGCAUGAUUAUCUCGUACAACCGUCAAACAUAAAAGUAGAAAGUCCAAAAUUUCGACCUAAUAAUUUGUAUGCAAAUAGUUCAAGGUUGCUACCGCAACAGACAGACAUAUUCCUAUACUCUCCCACCGAAGAAUCGAAGGCUUUUACUAUUGACACUCCAACGAGCGACAUUAGUCAAAUAAAUCUAAACAUUAAAGAUAUCCGCCAUAGCGGUAGCAUAAAAUCUGGUAAGGAUGUGACGGGGCAAGAAGAGCUAGCAGAAAUAAUAACAGACUUUAAAAAUAAUGUCUUUACUAUUUCUGAAGUCGAAAAAUUAGUCAUGGAAUGGAAGAACCGAAAUGAAACACAGCAAUCCCUCAAAGAAAAGCAAGAACAAUUGAAUAAGAUGCGUGAAGAGUACGACAAAAUUCAGCUGAAAAUAAAAGACACUAUGAAACGUCCAACACCGUUCGAAAGAGUAAAGAAAAUGUUUUCGAAGAGUAAGAACAAACACCACGAUAACAACACCGGGACAAUUGAAAAAAGGAAUGGAAACACAAGACCGAAUAGCAGUUUAAGUGACAGCUCCUCUUCAUCAGGCCGCCUGAGUACUGUUAGUGGAGGGAGUGUUGGAGAAACUAACAGUGUUCAAUCUGAAUUGGAUGAUAAAGCUAGAUCAGUGAUAUCGGCGAGUACUUUGACAAUGAAUUCAUGUGACGGCGAGAAUCGUCUCGACGACUACUUGAUUCCGCCGCCGCCGCGACCCCUCAACGGAUGUCCUCAAUUUACCACGUUCGGACAUCCUAAGCACGAAAAUAGAGGGCAACAUAUGGCUACAAUAGUGGAACGAGAAGCGUCUGCGUCAAGAGAACGAUUAGACUGUGAUUCGGACACAAGUUCCACGCAUCUGCGAUUAAACUUCGGCGCACGCGAUAAAUCUAUCGCAAGUCGCUGCGAUGAUCGCGAUGGAGCACAUAUGUAUAUGAAUAUUUCAGCUUCGCAUUCAUAAUUAACGUAAAAUAUUGAGAAUUUUUCAUCGUAGUUUCAGAUAGUAUUAACUAAAAUAUAUAAAUAAAAUACUACUCUGUCUCGUCACAAUAAACUUGCUAAUAAAUAUAAUGUAUUGUUAAAUAAAAAAGUUCCAACUUACAAUGAUAAAUAUUUCGUGUAAAUUUCAAUGCAAUGUUUCGAUUCGUAUAAACAUUUGUCGUGAAUAUAAAAACAUGAAUAUUGUUUCUAUACUUGUCCGAUCCUUUUACGAGUAAUUACGAUUAUGGAAUACAUGAUAAAUAUAUGACGGCAAUCAACCUUAUUUGGCGAGAAUUGAAAGAUACUUCAACGAACAUUAAAUGGCCAGUGUUGUGCAUAUUAGAAUUAAUAGUUAAUACAUUGAAUAAAUAGGGUGAAUCAUCAAUCCCUAGAUUAUGUUUAACCUAUAUAUUAAUGAUAGUGUAAGAUUAUUAAAAUGAGGGAAAAAUGCAAGUUUUUAUUAGCAAUGUGAAAUUGGUAAUGUAUUAACCAAUAUGAUUUAAUGUACAUAGACUCGAUCUGAUAUUAUAUAGUCUAAAUGUGUUUCUAAUAAUAAAUGUAAAUGGUAAAUCACACUAUUUUUAAUAGUGUUUUGUGACUAUACUUCAACUGCCUCUGAACGCGAAGAAUCAUAAUGAUUAUGUAUUGGACUAUAAAAAACAUGUCGGGGAUGAUUUUUUUUUUAAAUUUAUGAUAACGUAAUAUUUUUUUAUUAGGAGAACAUCACGAAAUUUUUGAAGACUGAUAACCAUUCUUGAAACCAUGUUGUAAAUAUUUGUAAAUAUAUAAUAAGCAAAGAUAAC